AUGGAGAAAAGUGGCCGUUUUUCAGAGUACCUGUUCGUGAAGAUGGGCCCAGGAGAUAGGGGCCCGAAGACCACAGAGGAUCGAUCAGCACCCAUUGAUCAUUCCGGCGUCAAAAAAUGGCUCUUAGACAAUACAAUGCUCGUAGUUACAUUGGCGGGUGUUAUAACUGGAAUUGCUAUUGGUUUUGGUCUUCGCCCCUACCACCUAGGUCCAGAUGCAUUAAUGAUAAUAUCAUAUCCAGGAGAGUUAUUUAUGAGACUAUUGAAGCUUAUGAUUCUGCCUCUUAUCAUUGCUAGUCUCAUUGCUGGCUCAGCAAGCCUUAACGCUAAGAUGAGCGGUAAAAUUGCAGUUCGGACACUGCUUUACUUUAUACUUACCUCAAUGUUUAAUGCAUUCCUUGGUAUACUUCUGUCGGUGAUGAUUCAUCCAGGAAAACCGGAGUUAAAAGAUGACUUUGGUAUGGCAUUUGAAAAUAAAAGAGACCAUAGCAUUCUGGACAGUCUGCUUGAUAUUGGCAGAAACAUUUUCCCGGACAAUAUUGUUCAAGCUGCAUUCCAACAAGCACAUACAGUAUAUGCGGAACCGAAGACAUUAUUUGCUAAAAAUGCAACCGAAAAUGGCACCGAGCCAGUUCUUGUUCGUGAUAUUAGCUACAGAUCUGGUACUAACACUUUAGGCUUAGUAUUUUUUUGUCUCGUAUUUGGAAGUUUGUUAGGGACACUUGGACCGAAAGGCAAAGUUGUUAUUGACUUCUUCCAAGCCAUCUUUGAAGUUAUUAUGAAAAUGGUUACUGGUGUAAUGUGGUUUACUCCUGUUGGGGUCAGUAGCGUGAUAGCUGGAAAGAUUCUUGGUGUAAGCAAUGUUGGCCAAGUUAUGUCCCAACUGGCAUGGUUUAUCGCUACAGUCGCAGUUGGGGUAUUUCUUUAUCAACUUAUUGUUAUGCAGUUAAUCUAUUUUAUUUUCUUAAGAAGAAACCCGUAUAAGUUCUACUGGGGACUAUCUCAAGCCAUGCUUACCGCGUCAGCUACGGCUUCCACGGCUGCAGCUCUCCCAGUGACGUUCCGUGCUAUGGAAGGUCCGUUGAACAUUGACUCCCGCAUCACUCGUUUCGUCCUUCCUAUCGGUUGUAACAUCAACAUGGAUGGCACAGCAUUAUUUCUGGCCGUCGCUAGCGUCUUCGUAUGUCAGAUGAACAAUUUGCAUCUUGGAUUCGCGCAACUAGCUACUAUAUUUCUAACAUCAACGGCAGCGUCAGUGUCUUCGGCUUCUGUACCGUCAGCAGCGAUGGUGCUGCUGUUAGUAGUUUUAGCGGCAGUAGACGCACCUACACACGACGUAUCUCUGCUAUUCGCUGUGGAUUGGCUUGUUGACCGCAUACGAACGACAAACAACAUGCUUGGCGAUUGUUACGCUGCGGCUGUUGUGGAGAAACUUUCCAAAAACGAACUCAUGGCCUGUGACGCUGCUUCUAUGGACCAAUCACUUCCUAAUGGUUUGCCGACAUCUAACACUGAACUUGAAAUAGGUAUAGUAACGCCCGGGAACAAGUCUAUAGCAUCGGACGAUGUUAUUAUUGACAUGCAUUUACACAAUACCAAUAGAUUAUAG